AUGCAACUCAACCUGACGCUGAUUUGCUUCGUCUUCGGGGGGUUCCUGCCCGACGCCGCGGCCCGGCGGGAGCAGAUGGACACGGGGCAGUGCGACCUGCCCCGCUCGCAAGGAGAGCUCAACUCCUUCCUCUGGACCAUUCGCCGUGACCCCCCCGCUUAUCUCUUCGGCACCAUCCACGUGCCCUACACGCGAGUUUGGGACUUCAUCCCUGACAACUCCAAGGCCGCUUUCCACGCCAGCUCCAGCGUGUACUUCGAGCUGGACCUCACGGACCCCUACACCAUCUCGGGGCUGGCCAGCUGCCAGAUGCUGCCCCACGGGGAGAACCUGCAGGACGUGCUGCCCCGGGAGCUGUACCGCCGCCUCAAACGCCACCUGGACUACAUCAAGCUGAUGCUGCCCCACUGGAUGACCCCGGACCAGCGGGGCAAAGGGCUCUAUGCCGACUACCUCUUCAACGCCAUCGCCGGGAACUGGGAGCGCAAGAGGCCCGUCUGGGUGAUGCUCAUGGUGAACUCCUUGACGGAGACGGACAUCCGCUCCCGAGGAGUGCCGGUGCUCGAUCUCUACCUCGCCCAGGAGGCCGAGAGGAUGAAGAAGAAGACGGGUGCGGUGGAGCGGGUGGAGGAGCAAUGUCACCCGCUGAACGGGCUCAACUUCUCCCAGGUAAGGAGGCUUCUGGGCCUCGUGUCUUAUCCCAGGAUAUGGGGGCUGCUCUCCUUGCACUCCCAGCAAUUGAUGGGGAUGAACCCCAAUCCUGCAGCGGGGUGGUCACUCAUGAGCCUCAGCAGCUUUUGUGCUAGGCUACCUGUUCUCCAUCACACCGGUCCCGUGAUGUGCGUGGCGAGUGCUGCACGCGUAUCACAUUUAUAAUUUAUUUGCGGGGCAAACGUCCGGGGUGUGAAUGUGUGUGUCUGCCUGCUUGCCACUAGUGAGGGAAACUUCCAUGCUUCCCAUCUGGUCCCAGAGCUGGGUAAAAAAGUGAUGUUUUUGUUUGUUU